GAGGGCCGCGCUGUUCAACUUCCGGUAGCCGCGGCGGGGAGGCCAGGGCUGGAAGUGCGAGAUGCCGUAUGCCAACCAGCCCACUGUGCGGAUCACUGAGCUAACCGACGAGAAUGUCAAGUUCAUCAUAGAGAAUACGGACCUCAGGGUGGCCAAUUCCAUUCGGAGGGUCUUCAUCGCAGAAGUGCCCAUCAUAGCCAUCGACUGGGUUCAGAUUGAUGCCAAUUCCUCAGUCCUUCAUGAUGAGUUCAUCGCACACAGGCUUGGGUUAAUUCCCCUCACUAGUGAUGACAUUGUGGACAAACUGCAGUACUCCCGGGACUGCACCUGUGAAGAGUUCUGCCCUGAAUGCUCAGUAGAGUUCACACUUGACGUGCGGUGCAACGAAGACCAGACACGGCAUGUCACCUCUCGAGACCUCAUUUCCAACAGCCCCCGAGUCAUUCCGGUGACAUCCCGGAACCGAGACAACGACCCCAAUGAUUAUGUGGAGCAAGAUGACAUCCUCAUUGUCAAGCUGAGAAAAGGCCAGGAACUGAGACUUCGAGCCUAUGCUAAAAAGGGCUUUGGCAAGGAGCAUGCCAAGUGGAACCCAACUGCAGGGGUGGCUUUUGAAUAUGACCCAGACAAUGCCCUGAGGCACACUGUAUACCCGAAGCCCGAGGAAUGGCCAAAAAGUGAGUACUCAGAGCUGGAUGAGGAUGAGUCACAGGCUCCCUAUGACCCCAAUGGCAAGCCAGAGAGGUUUUACUACAAUGUGGAGUCCUGUGGCUCUCUGCGCCCUGAAACCAUUGUCCUCUCCGCCCUCUCUGGAUUGAAGAAGAAGUUGAGUGAUUUACAGACUCAGUUAAGCCAUGAGAUCCAGAGCGAUGUUCUGACCAUAAAUUAAUUGAAGCUCACCUGUUUCAGCACAGUGGGAAAGUCAUGGCAGCAGCUGGACUUCAGGUCUCUUUUGAGGCCUUCUGUUUUCUGGGCUCUGGACUGCUGCUGCUCAAGCUUCACAACAGGUCACCAGGACCAGCUAGCCAGUGGUUGCAGAUAGAUUACCAGGGAUGCCGCUGGUGUUUAGGCAGAGCCGAUUUUUACUAGACAUUUAGCAUCCUGGGUCCUGCCAAGGUUGUGCUUCCCAGAACCCAAAGGAUCCCUUCCAUCCUGUUUCCCAGCACACCAGUAGGGGGCUGUCCUGCUUCCUUGUUGAGAACCACUGGGUGUUUCUCCUGGUCAUUCCAGCUCUUUAAAGCCUUUCUGUCCAAAAGUUUUCACAGUUAUAUAUUCGGUUGCUGGUGUUAGGACUGAGUGCUGGAAACUGUAUCCAGGCAGCCUGUAAGCCCUUUGAUCCUUCCCCCAGGGCCAACCUACUGGCACUUCAAAUUCCUAGUUGUCCCUAAUUCAGGAAGUAACUUUGGGAGUAACAUUCAGCCAUGGCUGUCUCCUGCCCACACAAAUAAAGAUGCUGUUAAUCUCUACCCACCAGUUGCGAACUCCUUCCCUGCCAGCAGCCUGAUCAUUUUGUUUAGUGGUGGGGGAUGGGCAGGGGCAAAGGCCCCCUCCACACAUUUUUUCCUAAUGCAGGUUCUGGUCCUGCACAGUCUCCAGGUAGGAGCAUACUCAAAGUGGUUAGUAAAGCAGCAUGGAGAAAAGCGGAGAUAAAUACAGAAAGGAAGGGAUAUUGAUUAACAAUAGCCAUCUUUUUAAAAGUUUUUAUUUUUGGCAAUAAAGAGCACAACAUAAUCUCCUUCAU